AUGGCUAGUUUUGAAAAACUAUAUGGUUUUCCAAAAGUAGUUGGAGCAGUUGAUGGGAUUCACAUUAGAAUGAAGGCUUCUAAUAAAAAUUCAGAGGAUUAUAUAAACAGAAAAGAUUAUCACUCCAUUAUAUUACAGGGGAUGGCAGAUAGCAAGUGCUUAUUCAGAGAUAUUUUUGUUGGGUGGACUGGCAAAUUUCACGAUUCAAGAGUUUUUAAAAAUUCUCCUUUAUAUAAAGAGUGUCUAGCCAGAACCUUUUUACCAAAUAACUUAAACAAAAUAAUUGCUAAUAUAGAAAUUGGUCCUCUUAUUCUCGGUGAUUCAGCUUAUUCCCUUGAAAAUUGGCUUAUGAAACCCUACUCAGAUCGUGAAAAUUUAAGUAUAGAAGAAGCCAAGUUUAACGCUUCACUGAGUAAGUGUAGAGUUGUGAUAGAGAAUGCACUUGGAAGAUUGAAAGAUUGA